UGGUACAUGGACUGGCUGAACUCGCCUUGGCUUAAAGCUCUGGGCAGCAAAGUGUCGCUGUUGAUGUCAGUGACGCAGCCAGACGGAGAUCUGCGCCUGAGCAGACUUUGACAGUCCUUCAGAUUUGCGCUUGACCUGCAGGAUUUGUAGUUUGAGAGGCACCUGGAUUGAUAGGGAUCGACACGCCGAGUCAGAACAGACAAAAUGAUCUAGAUUUAUUAUCUUAAGUGAAGACAAGCUUUUUCGUUUCUUUUAGAGCACGAUUGGGUGUCUUUUACGCAUGCAUACCUCCAGGACGCAAUACUUUUAGGGAGAAAACCUUUCCAAGUGACAAAAUUGGAGCCAUGGUUGGUUUUACGCAGAGCACAAAUAUGCCGAUUAGACUGUCUGGGACACUUUUGUUUGGCGGAGUCUGCAUUUUUUCUGAGAUCUGAUAAUAUGUGAUAUUCCUGCUGCUGGUGGAAACGUAUAAUCCCUCCCUGAUUACCGCUCACAGAUGGAUUGCGUCCUGUUGGAGAGCCGGGUGACAUCAGGGCCUAGUCAAAUUAAUUUAGCCGCUAUGCUUGCGUCUUGAUUGCUGAACGGAAGCCAUUUAGGGCAGACAGUCUUCUGCGCGCCGGCGGGACCUCAGCUUCUCCAUCGGUGCCAACAUGAGAAGAACUGUACUCAAAGAAGCCGCCAAGCGAUUCCCCUGGCUGGCCAAUGUGACUUUGUACGGGUGCUUAUUCGCCGGUGGUGACCUCGUCCAUCAGCUCAUGGCUCAGAAGGAGCGUAUGGACUGGAAACACACUCGCAACGUUGCCAUCGUGGCAAUUAGUUUCCAUGGAAACUUUAAUUACUUCUGGCUCCGAGCCUUGGAGAGACGUUUCCCUGGAAAGUCUGCCGGGAUGGUUUUCCGCAAACUCUUGCUGGAUCAAAGCUUCGCCUCGCCCUUGGCCACCAGUGUCUUCUACACGGGAGUGAGCUUCUUGGAGGGUAAGGAGGAUAUCUUUGAGGACUGGAGGGAGAAGUUCUUCAACACCUGGAAGACUGGACUCAUGUACUGGCCAUUCAUGCAGUUUCUGAACUUCGCCCUGAUGCCGUUGCACAUGCGAACGGCCUUCAUGGGUUGCUGCGCCUUCCUGUGGGCCACCUUCCUGUGCUUUUCAAGGCAGAGCGGCGACGGCACUGCCGCCGUGGCUCUGGCGUUUCUCAUGGACCCCCGUAAAACUCUGGAGGAGAUGCGUGAGGCCCGGCUGGCCCGAAAGAAACGAAAAGCCCAGAGAGAAAACUAAAGAGAGGAGGAGAAGGACACAGCUUCUGUCAUCUAGGCUUCUGAGCUUUGAUAGCAGGACAGAGGGGUUAUCUAAAUCUGUUAAACUAGCAUCCACAAACUGAAAGCACUGUGGACAGCUGAAAAGCUAAAGAGUGAAUGUAAACUGUGUCACUGAUGCAGAUUUCAAACACCAGUGUGAUUAAUAACACUAUGACUCUUUUUAACGGUAAGUGUUUGGUACAAGCCCUCUAAAGUUAUGAAAAUGUAAUUCUUGACAGCUAAAGAGACCAAAGAAACACAAAAUGCAGUCUAAGACGACAGUCUAAAACCAUAAAGAAGCUGUUGUCUUAAGUGUAACCCAUUAUACCUAAAGUGUUAGAUAAAACAAACAAAAUACAAAGAAUUAUUCUAUUUCUAAAACAUCAUCUGUAAUAGAGCUAAAAAGAAUCAGUUUUGUCCUGAGGGUGGUGCUGGAGUAACAGUCAGGAGGAUCAUUAUAAUCAAACAGAUCCAUCCUCAGGUGAGCAUGAUGGCCCGUCAGCUCACAAGAUCCUGAUAUUUGUUGUGUAAAAGUGAAUAUUUUGGCUGAAAGGAGCUGAGGUCAGCGGAUUUAUAGGAUUCACCCUUAGGGAGCUAAAUAUAUUUAUGUACACUACUGUUCAAAAGUUUGGGGUCGCCCAGACAAUUUCCUGUUUUCCAUGAAAACUCACACUUCUACUCAUGUGCUAACAUAACUGCACAAGGGUUUUCUAAUCAUCAAUUAGACUUUCAACAUGAUUAACUAACACAAUGUAGCAUUAGAACACAGGAGUGAUGGCUGCUGGAAAUGGGCCCCUGUACCCCUAUGUAGAUAUUCCAUUAAAAAUCAGCCUUUUCCAGCUACAAUAGUGAUUGACCAAACUGGUAAUGUCUAGACUGUAUUUCUGAUUAAUUUAAUGUUUUCUUCAUUGAAGAAAAUAGUUUUUCUUUCAGAAAUAAGGACAUUUCUAAGUGACUUCAAACUUUUGAAUGGUACUGUAAAUGCAGUAAGGUCUUUACCAACCACAUUGUAAUUACUGAAGUAUUUUUUGUAGACCAACACUAAAAUAGCUAAAAUGGAGUUCAGGGCCAAGUGCUCAAGCUUAUCAUACAUUGUUUACAGCGGUAGUGAUGUAUAAAUGAUGACUCUGACUCCACACCUCAAAGGUUUCAGUUGAAACAAGACUGAGCCAACAUACAUAAUGAGCAUUUCAGUUGUGAUAGAAGGCUGUUGCUAGUUGUUGUGCUGGUGGCCCUGGUUUGAAUAAGCCCAUGGUGCAUUGUAGCUCCUGAGACCUAAAUUAAGGGCUUCUUGUUUCUGCAGUACACCUGUUGUGCCUUUUCUUGGUGACAAAUCUGCCCUGACUACAGGUCUAUGAGCUGCUGUGUUUGGCUGACUGAUGGUAGUCAUUAGUAAUCAGUACAAUAAGAUAUGUAUGUUUAUAAUUUUGUGCGUGUUUUAAAUUAAUUUGCUUUGGGAUGCACUGAUGUAAUCAGACUGACGUCUGAAAAUCUGAAUGUUUUGGGAUUGUGAAUGUGCUCAGUAAUCUGCCCAGAGAACUUUGAAAUAAAUGAUGGUGGUGCUAGAGGAAAAGUCAGGGUGUUCAGCAGAAACAUACGGGGAUAAUGAACAUCUACAUCAGAUUUACAUUCAUUUUCAUCAGUACACUUUCUCACAAGUGUUCCAGGAGAAAACUGUUUGUGAUGGUGGUGCUUUAUGAAAGAAGGAAAUAAUUUGGUGGGAUUUACAGUUCUAGAGAUGCUGAGGGUCUGAGUUGGACAACGGAAGAGAUCAUUAUUCAGGAAAUAUUGGUGUUCAUUUCUGUCAGUUAGAUGAGACAAUUUGAACACUACAACCACAAAUAUAUUGUUUUUGCAGCAUAGUUGCAAUAACUGAGCUUAGUUCCUUGCUUCUGGUCUAAGCUACCUGCCCACUGACUGUGGUUUAUUAUUAUUAGUGAACAACUUCUGUCUAACUGUAAGAAGCAAAUAAGCACAUCCCCUGGAAAGUCCAACAGUCAGCUUAAUACUCUCAAUCAAAAGCACCUGUGAUGUAUUAAUGCAAAAUGUAUCAGUGCAUCCCACUUGUGUUGUGUCUCCUAUGUUUGAGAUGUGAAGAUACAGUAUUAUGAUCCUGUCCUCUUACUUGAACCAUCUAAUAGGUUGCCAUCAGCCCAGAUACCUUAUUGUGUACCGCAUCACUUACCUGAGCCAGACUCAUUAUUCACUCUUGUUUAGAUUUAGCGAAGCUUAAACACUUUCAUUUUUAUUUAUCAAAGAGAUUUGAUGAUUGUAUCACUGGAUAUACCCAUAUUAUAACAGAAAGCAAAGCUGAAAAAUUGUAAUUGAUUUGGGCACAGCCCUCGAGUAGAUACAUGUUGACUGAAAAACAACACUGAAAUGAACCUCAAGAAAUGUUCAGCAUUUUUCAAAACAGUGUAUGAAAGUCCAUAUUUUGGCAGCAUGAUGACUGGUUAACAGUACACUGUGAGAACCUCAACUAUAUUGUUGUGCUAGUACUUUGAUAUUUUCAGAACAAGGAUGCUUCUUUGUUAUGGGAAUUCUCAUAUGUUCUUUUGACAAGGGUCCAGACAGUCAACCUGAAACCAAUAAACCGAUCAAACAUC